UGUGCCAUGCUCUGAUUGACUUCGCGCAGUUGCAAUUAGUUUCAGUGCUACGACACUGUCCAGUGGUCGGCUUAAUUCUCGAAAUAGGCAGAGGAUAUUUUCAGUUACGAGAGAGAGGUCACAGACGCGCGUAAAUGGAGAAUUGUUUUGCUAUGCUGCCGGUGCCAGAUGCUACCUGUCCUACGUAAUCUGAUCUUUUUUUUCCAACCACAGACCAUAGCCUACCUCUUUCAUGGUAUGCUACUUUGUUUACCAUGUACCUUGUGCCGAGAUGCAUCAGCGAACUGAAACGGGAUCCGAAGCAGUAAUUCUCAGUGAGUACAAGUUCAUAUAGAUCUGUAAUUCCUGAGCCAAGGCCUUAAUUCCGAAUGCGAACAUUUGCGCACUGCAGCACAGCUUGUUUACGUUUUCACCCGGGUUCGUGGAGGAUUUGGCAGCUGAUCACUCAGUUCACGAGUUCCCUUAUCGAUGGAUGUGAUGCAAACGUGUUCUUCCAGAUGUAACACUGCAGCCGCUACAUGGAAUGCUACAGCGUUACGCAUCUAAACAUCACCACACAACUGAUAGACUGAGCCAUUUCAAAUGAAAAACAAACCGUAUCAACUGAAAUUAACGCCACCAUGGGAGAAAGAUGUUGGAUUCGGGAGGAAACCCAAAACCUACAGGAACAAUACGAAGAUCAUAGCAAAUCCCGGGUUUGUUAUGAAAGUGUUACGGAGGAAGAGGAUCAUCAUGUUCAUAGCCUACUUUCUUCUCGUCGCUUUGACAAUGCUGAACUUGGCUAACUACAAAUGGACUAAAGAACCCCAACAAUGCAACCAUCACAUGCAAAGCACCACUUUUCAGAGCCGGUCUGAUAUCCGUUUUCUUUACAAAGCCCCACAAGCCAGAAAAAGACAGCUUGUUUAUGUGUUGACGACCUGGCGAUCAGGGUCGUCCUUUUUUGGAGAGCUGUUCAAUCAAAACCCCGACGUAUUCUUCCUAUACGAACCCAUGUGGCACAUAUGGCAGAAGCUCUACCCCGGUGAUGCGGUGUCUCUUCAGGGGGCGGCUAGAGACAUGUUGAACUCCCUGUACCGCUGUGAUUUCUCUGUGUUUAACCUCUACAAUAGCCCCGGCGGAAAGAAUGUAACUUCUCUUGGAGUUUUCGGUGCCACUCUCAAUAAAGUGAUGUGCUCUUUGCCACUUUGCUCAGCGUACAGAAAGGAUGUUGUGGGAAUGGUGGAUGACAAGGUGUGCAAGAAAUGCCCUCCCCAGAGUCUCAGGGUACUGGAAGAGGAGUGCUUGAAAUACAACACAAUAGUAAUCAAGGGAGUGCGCAUCCUGGAUGUCAACGUACUGGCUCCCUUAAUGGAGGACCCGUCGUUAAAUCUGAAGGUGAUUCAUUUGGUCAGAGACCCCAGAGCUGUGGCAAACUCGAGGAUUAAAUCAAGGCACGGGUUGAUCCGUGAGAAUUUGCAGGUAGUACGCAGCAGAGACCCCAAACUUCGCCGUAUGCCAUUCGCAGAUCCAAGUCACAAAGUUAACAAAAAAGACGGAUCGGACUACCAUUCCAUUGGAGCGAUGGAGGUGAUAUGUGACCGCACAUCCAGAACUCUUAAAACCGCCAUAAAUCCACCUAGGUGGUUUAAAGGAAAGUACAUGACUGUGCGAUACGAGGAUUUAGUGGAAAAUCCAAUCAAGACGGUACGGAACAUCUAUCGCUUUGUCAACCUGUCAGCAAAUCACGACAUUGAAUCGUUUGCCUUGAACAUGACAAGCGGCACUAGUUCGUCAUCAAAACCCUUCAUAGUCUCGUCAAGGAAUGCGACGCAGGCUGCAAGUGCGUGGAGGACUGUCCUUAGUUUCCAGCAAAUUAAACAGGUGGAAGACUUCUGUCACCACUUCAUGUCUGUGCUUGGAUACAUUCGCGUGCGCACAUCUGGAGAUGCCAGAGAUCUGACCAAACCACUACUGACAGUGCCCAAACUUUAACUCCCCCCUCUCACCAAAGACAGCAUGUCAAUUUUAGUGUAUAACUGUUGACGUUACUGGCCAAUUAAUUUGUCCUUACAAAGGAGGUUUUUUUUAUAUGUUCAUUGCACAUGCAUUGUUGGAAUGUAUGGCUUGGUUCAGCCAUGUAGUAGGCUGUUUUUUGGGACCACAAUUGUUACAGGCAAAAGGUUAAAUCACAAAGGACUGGAAAGAGAAGAACAAGAAAAAAACACUUUUUUGUGUCUUAUUCACAUUCACACCUUAUUUAUUAAUGGCAGCAUUUUUUUUCAAGUUUUACAUUCUGUUUAGGGAAUUUGAAAUGUGCUUUCUCAGUAUGGAACUGUUAUUCUAAGUAUGUCCUGUUUAAAACGCUCAAUAUAAAGAGAGAUCAUAUUUACUAAA